CUUCAGCUAAAACCACAUACUGAUGGUAAACCUCAUGCCAAACCUAUUCUUGACAUCUUUGGUCAAUUGAGGUGCACUGGAGUAUGGUGUUGCUAUGGUGAUGUCAGUCAGAAUGGCUCUAUUUCAUCUGAUCUUUCUGCUCAUUGUUCCAGGGGUUUAUAGUGCUGAUGGUUGGGAUGUGAGUUACAGCCAUCCAUACAUCUGUGCACUAAAGGGGUCAUCAGUGAUAAUGUCCUGCACUUAUAAAUACCCUCCUGGGAAUCAAGUCAUAGAGGUGAACUGGGUCAUAUAUAGGCCUAAUGCUAGAAACAAUAACUCUCCAGAUCUGUCUGAUGACUCUGAAUACAGUCCAAGUAUUCAGUAUCUGGGAGAUAAACAGCAGAACUGCACCAUCAGACUGAAUGAUGUGACACAGAAGGAUUCACACGAGUACUAUUUCAGAUUCACAACUAAUAAACCUGAUGGAAGAUGGACUGGUGCUCCAGGAGUUACUCUUGAUGUCACUGAUCUGCAGAUAGAGUCUCCUGAGAGCGUGACAGAGGGAGAUACAGUCAGUCUGACAUGUAAAAGCACCUGUAAUCUGUCUGACAGAACAACAUUCAUCUGGUGGAAAAACACACAGUCAUUAACUGAGAGAAACAAUAAACUCCUCCUGCAGUCAGUCAGAAGAGAGGAUGCAGGCAGAUAUAGCUGUGCUGUACACGGACACAAACUCACAUCACCUCAUGUUGAUCUCAAUGUUAAAUACUCACCCAGGAAUGUCUCAGUGUCCAUGAGUGGAUCUGGUGAAAUAGUUUUGGGUGAUUCAGUGACUCUGACCUGCAGCAGUGAUUCAAACCCACCUGUUCUGAACUACACCUGGUUUAAGGUGAAUGAAAGUUCAUCUGUUGGAUCGGGACAGAGUUACAGUGCACUACAGAGUGGAUUCUUCUACUGUGUGGCUCAGAAUCAACAUGGAUCUCAGAGUUCAGCUGCCGUUCAAGUCACUGUUGAAGGUAGUUCUGGACGUUGGCUUGUAGUUGUUGGAAUUGCUGUUGGUGUUGGAUUCUGCGUAGGUGCAGCUGCUCUUAUUGUUGUGUUGUGUAUUUGUAAGUGCAACAGGAGCAAAGCCAAUGCUGUCAAAACUGAGUAUGAGAAUGUUAAGUCCACUGAUCAGACAUAUACAGCUCUUGACCUCAAGUCCCAGUCAUCUGAUGUGUACAACACACUCAUUAUUGCUGAAAGGCAGACGCUUCAGCUGUCUUGAGCAUCUGAAGAUCGCUAAACCGUCCCAACCACUUGAAUCUAGCUAUACAACUGCACCAGAUCCUCACUGAAAAUCAAUGGAUUCAUUCUCUCUGUUUAUCCACUUCACUCAUUACACAUCAUAAUUCAACAGUCUCUUGGGAUUUUGGACCAGUGCACUUACUGUAGUCUUGCUGUUAAAUGUCAGAAACACAGAUCCACCACCACUUAGAUACAUAUACUGUUGGUCUAAAACAAUACAGUAAAAAAUUGUUAAAUGAUGUGCUUACUGUUAUGAGGACCUAUAAUGUCAAAAGACAAGAAAAUAAUCUGUUUUACUG